CUCGCAGUGUGCGUGCAUACCAACAUAAUUUUUCUGCUGUUGUAAAAUGGUUCACCUUAUUUUUAACUUUCCUUUCAAUCUGUUCAAGGUUUGUCCCAUCUAUUCUUGUCUACACAAUUAUUCAUUGGCAAUAUGAUGAGAGAGCGCAAAGACACAAACAUCAUGCUAGUCUGUUCUUAUUCCAAGGCUAGAAAUGGUAGUCUGAAUCCGACCAGAGGAUAGCCAUUUAUUCAAACUUAAAGAUGCAGAAAAUGUUGCAAUGGUGGCUCUUAUGUGGGGUAGCUCACACUACAGAACCCUUUAUUGCCACUACUAUUAAGAAGUACCCCAAUCAUUUGCCCUUUAUUGGUUUUGGCCUUGAACUGUGUUAGGUGAGAAUAUUGAGAGGUAAUGCCAUUUUCUUGGUACUGUCAUUCGGGUGUGUUAUCUUUCGGCAAUAUUGUUUGAUUCUUCAGUGCAAGUUGUCGUUUUUUUGGUAAUUAUUACUAGUGAAAAAGGCUCUAGUGUAUCAAAAAAAAAAUUAUUGCAAGUUUGGAACGUUUGCAUUGGGAUCAUAGUGACAAUCCCUGGUUCACUUAGAUAAAGUGUCAAAAGCCUCCAAGGAUAGAGUGAGUGACCCAGUGAGGGUGAUCAUGGAAAGAUACAGCAACUCUAGGUUUGUGACAGGUGAUCGGGAUCCUGCAUUGAAACCAGUCGUUAAGGACCGGAACAAAAGAGCCAAACAGCUUAAAUGGGUUUUGCUCAUGGAGGCGAAUAAGGCCAUCUGUUCAGUGGCCUUUGCUGGAAAUGUUCUUUACAGGGUGUUGAGUAGUAUCAAGAAGAGAUUGCUAUUUGGUCAAAGAGAGAGCGAUGAGACUGCGAAAUUGGACAGAAGUAAGUUUCUCUUCAGACUUAUUCUAGCAUUCCUGGUGAUGGCUUUGAUUGCUCCAGCAAUUGAACCAGUUGCCCGAGGGUGGAAUAACUUCUCAAGUGCUGGUUUGCGCACAAAUCAAACUUCGGAGAUCAGAGCGUGGUUUCACAGGGUCCAUGCUUCGUGGUUGGAGUUGCGUGCUGAAUCUAUAGUGCCUUUAGCUCAAACUCUCUGUAGAUUCUAUAUAGCACUCUUUUUUAUACUGUCGGUGGACCGCACAGCGCUGUGUCUUGGUUGCUUAUGGAUUAAGUACAAAGGGAUCAAGCCAAAUGUCAGAGGAGAUCCAUUCAGGUCAGACUAUAUGGAAGGUCCUGAGUAUGAGUACCCGAUGGUUCUCGUUCAAAUUCCUAUGUACAAUGAGAGAGAGGUAUACCAGCAUUCCAUCACAGCAGCCUGCCAACUUAAUUGGCCUCAAGAUCGGCUGCUUAUUCAAGUUCUGGAUGACUCUGAUGAUGAGAGCAUACAGAGGCUAGUCAAGAAAGAGGUUUCAGAGUGGAACGAAAAAGGUGUGAACAUUAUAUAUAGGCAUAGACAGGUUAGAACUGGAUAUAAGGCUGGGAACCUCAAAUCUGCCAUGCACUGUGAGUACGUGAAAAAGUAUGAGUUCGUUGCGGUCUUCGAUGCUGAUUUUAUGCCAAAACCAAACUUUCUCCAGCAGACAGUCCCUCAUUUUAAGGAUAAUCCUAAGCUGGGGUUGGUUCAAGCCAAGUGGAUUUUUGUAAAUAAGGAUGAGAACUUGCUGACACAAAUGCAGAAUGUCGAUAGGUGCUUCCACUUUGAAGUGGAGCAGCAGGUUAAUGGGGCGAUCCUUAAUUUCUUCGGUUUCAAUGGUACCGCUGGUGUAUGGAGGAUUGAAGCACUUCGAGAUUCUGGAGACUGGCUGGAGAGGACGACUGUAGAGGAUAUGGAUAUAGCGAUCCGUGCCCAUCUCAAAGGUUGGAAGUUCAUCUUCCUUAACGAUGUGAAGGUACUCUGUGAGCUUCCUGAAUCUUAUGAAGCUUAUAGAAAGCAGCAACACCGAUGGCAUUCGGGUCCGUGCAAUCUCUUUCGCUUGUGCCUUCCGUCGAUCAUAACUUCCCAGAUCACUUUCUGGAAGAAAGCAAACCUGAUAUUUCUAUUCUUCAUUCUAAGGAAACUUAUACUUCCAUUCUAUUCGCUCACAUUCUUGUGCGUGAUUCUUCCUCUGGCCACGUUCAUCCCUGAAGCCAAUCUACCAGCGUGGGUAAUUUAUUAUUGGCCCCUAAUAAUGUUGAUACUGAACAUUUUCCUCGACCCAAAAUCCACCCCUUUCGUAGUCCCUUACAUUCUUUUUGAGAACACAAUGUCCUUGACCAAAUUCAGUGCUGCAAUUUCGGGGUUGCUACAGCUGAGUAGUUCACACGAGUGGAUUGUCACCAAAAAAACAGGCCGCUUGGCGGAUUCUGCUGAAAUGAACAAAACCGGUAAAACCUGCAAAGGAGCUUCCGAUGAGGAGCUCACUAAGCUCAACAAACAGAAGGAAUGUCCUGUCGAACUUGCCAAAACUCGGAAGAAAGCAAGCAAGAUGUAUAAGAAAGAGCUUGCAGUGGCUUUCUUACUACUGACUGCUGCAGUUCGGAGUCUCGUAUUGGCCAGAAAACUGCAUUUCUGUUUCCUCUUACUUCAAGGCUUCACAUUCGUUAUUGUCGGUCUCGGUCUAAUUGGGGAGCAAUGAGCUCCUCUUGGUUGACAAAACUUAUCUAGAAUCAAUGAUAGGGGGCGGUAUCAGACUAUGGUUAGCUUCUGUAAA